AUGGCGGAGGUGCUAGGCUUGGUCGCCAGCGUCGUUCAGCUGGCUGGCGCAGGCUUGAAGCUGUCAGAAACGUUGUACCACUAUGUUGAUGGCGUGACUACUGCCGAUGAUAGGAUCAAGGGUAUCGCGAAUGAAGUCAAGCUCACAAGCUCGGUCAUCCAAGAGCUAGGGACCAUCUUCGAGAAAAACAACACAGCAAACCUUAUUUCCGAGAAUGCGGUCAAAGCGGCGAACGAGACAUUCAAGGAGUGCUUUGCAGUCUUCAAGGAGCUUGACUUGAAGAUCAAUAGGGGCAAGCCAGGCAAGACAGACAAGCCAGGCAAGACAGACAAGAUAGGAAAAAUGAGUCGGCUGAUGUUACCGUUCAAAGAAAACAAGAUCGAACUUUUGCGAAGCCAAAUUGAAAAGCUCAAGAGUACGCUGCAGCUACUGAUGCAGGUUCUCAUACACGCCCACCAAGUCUCUUCAGAAAAGUACAGCCGCGAGGCUGAAGCGAAACACCGGGAAGAGAUCAAGCAGUUGCUCGAGAACAAGAAGCAGGCCACGAAGAAGUACGAGGAGUCGCUAAGGAAUUUCAGUAUCAGCGACGGCAGCACUGCUGUGGAUGAUGGCGAUCGAUCAGUACAGGAUGAAGACGACGUUGGUUCGUCGUCUAACCUCUUCAACGCUGCGGGAGCCAUGGGCUCAACAAUCAACCCCGAUACAAUUGCCACAUGUGUCGACCAUGUACGAAGCCUACUCGCAGAUAUUGAGACAUUGCAGCUUGCUUUGUCCAAACAAGUAGAUGGAGACGACCACUCAGAUCACCAUCAGAAGGCUAUCGGAUCUUACUUUCUCGCUCGCUCUCAUCUCGACAGUGUCCUGCUUGGCAAGUCCCAAGCCAAUUUCACUGAUGCGAAAAUGCGGCGAUAUAUCAGUGGAGCGAGCGGAGGGAACAUAGCAUCUGCUGUGGCGAACGUAACGCCGCCCGAUAGCCACGCCCUCGCCGCUUUGCGUGACGAAAGGGCACGAAAAGAAAUGAAGAUGGAAAUGGAAAUGGAAAUGGAGCGAGCACGUAUCGUUGCUGGAGCGAGAACGAAGUCAGCCGACGUAAGCAUAAAUGACAAGGAGAGAGAGGCAGCUUUGAUGAUAGAACGGGAAGUGCGCCUUGAGCGCGAAGCCAGAGAUCAAGUGAGGGCCAAAACGGAGCGUGCACGCAAGGCGCACGGGUCAGUCCAUCGCCUUGGAUUGCUCCCGGAUAGCAUCGAAGAUGUUCCGCUCGAUUUCCCUCCAGUCGCUGAAUAUAGGCGAACCAAGUAUCGCGAGGAGUAUGCAUCGUCCCGUCGCACCAGUUCCGAGGACCGUGAACUACGCGAACCUAGAGAAGAGCGUGCAGCCUUGGAUCAAAAGCCUCAAUUUCACUCCGAAAGCCUCCACACAGGCGGUACUCUGCAUCGAUCCAUAAGCCCCGCGAAGGCCGCGAAAAAAGAAGCCCUCGCUCGAGGUGAGAGACUUUGGCAAGAAGAGCUACGGAGAAGAGAGGGAAUCAGUAGCUUCGCAAGAGACGACGUUUCUCCCGAGCGCGGUUUACGUGCACCUGCAAUAUUGCAGUCAUCAAAGCCAGCUCACUAUGCAUCUCGCUCAUCUUCAGCUUCAUACCAAUUAGAGGAGCGUCGCCCAUCUACAUCUAUCAUUGGCAUUGAUGCAACCACUUCAUCCCCUGAGAAAGAGCACGAUGUUAUAAACGUAGUAGAUGCGCCGAAACUCAGGUACUCUAAUCAGCGUUACAGGCCCACAAGUAGAGAGAGCUACCCCGACAGUAGUGAGUCCUCAUCGCGCCUUAACGACCCAAACAACAGCAACAGCUGUUUAUUCACGGAAUUUGCGAGCAAGUCGAGGGAAAACCUCAUUGAAGCUCCAAGCACAUCCUCGAAACCCAGGGACAACGACGAUCGAGAACGCAAACAUCGUCGACGGAAGCAUCGGUCGGAUCGCGGUUCUACGUACGGCGGCUCAGACAAUGAAGACAUGCGCUCUACGAUAUCAAGCAGUAGCCGACGUGAAAAGAAGAGCAUGUACCGUGACUCAGAGCCAGCCUGGCGAAAGCCACGUCCUUACAGCUUAGAACGUGGCUCUCGUCCCAUCAGCUUGAUCUCAGAACGUCCUAGGCCGUUGCGCCGCAAGUCUAUUGACGGAGUCAAGGACUUCGGCGGGUCAGCAGGCCAAGGGGGAAUCAUCGGCGGAGUCACCAUCAACUGUUACCAAUCACGCUCCCGCUCCCCUCGAGGUCGCUCGAACAAAGAUGCUGGUAUCGUCAGACCGUCCAGACGUGUACAAGACAAGGACAGGACCAAGAAACGAGAAGAGAAGAUGCUUGACGAGUGGGGUCUGAAACCGAGGAGGGAAGGGCUAGAGAAAGCACGACGCGAUCUGAAAGAGAAGAGUCCAAAGACCAGCUACCAGUUGCCUGAGAUGAAAUUCAACGAUAUGCCGAGCGCGGUAGUAGUCGACGAGGUAGAUGAGUUAUUGAGAGACUGGACAACCGUACUUGGAUAG